CAGGAGAAAUUUGAAAGUAGCAACUUACCUUUAAAUGCAAAAACAUAAGAUUUUUAAUAAUCCAUGGCCUCUUCUUCCCUUUCCCAAGUAUCUACUUCCACCACCAGUCUUCCAUUUCUAAUCCCAAAACACAAGCACUUCUUCAAGCUCUACCCGUCUUCUUUAUCUUGUACUAAAACACUUGCUCGAUCAGAAGGUACUGCAAGUGGAGUUACAACAGAACAAGACCCUCCUUCCUUUUCAGGCUCACUGUCUUCCACACGCACACAGCUCGAUCUCUUGGAACAACUCACCUCUACCAGCUCACCCGCUGAUGGUUAUGAGAGUGAUGGUAGUUCUGGUAAACUUACAAUUCGUGACCAGCUGGCGCGAUUGGUUGGAGAUAGAGAUGAUGAUUUCAGUAUUCCACUGGGUAAAAAAAACCUGAAGAAGGUUAGUGCCAACUUCCUAACUGUUUCGCAGAAGAGAAACAUUAGAAGACAAGCUUACUUGAAUGAAGUAUCACAAAGGAAUGAUUCAGUUUUCUUUGCCACUAUCGGAGCUUUCAUUAUUCUUCCACCGACUCUAAUCUUAGGAAUUGCCAUAAUAAUUGGUUAUGUGCAGCUUUUCCCAUGAUAUUAUAGAUAGUUUUUUAAAUUGUUGGAGAGAAAUUAUAUCUGAUUCUCCAAUAUGUAUGGUGUUGUUGCUUGUAGCUUGUUAGUUUUUGAGCGUAUAAUAGCUAUCACAUCUUAAGAAAAAAGAAGUAUACAGAAAACCAUGGAAUGAACUGCUGUUGACAUCAGAUUGCUAGUAUGUCUGAGGGAAACGAAAUUGUUCUGUUUUGAAA